AUGUCUGACUAUCUACAAUUCCGAACCACUGCUCUGGGCCGCCACGAGGGGAAAACACACAUUGUAAUUGUGGGGGCAGGAAUCAUCGGCGUGUGCACUGCCUAUUUCCUCGUCAAGCACCCGAAGUUCGACCCUAGUAAACACCACAUUUCUCUCGUUGAGAGCAAGCGUGUUGCCGGAGGCGCUAGCGGAAAAGCCGGAGGCCUUUUAGCACUAUGGGCUUUUCCACUGCAGCUUGUGCCGCUUUCUUUUGAGCUACACCAGAAACUCUCCGACUUGUAUGACGGCGAGAAAGAGUGGGACUACAGACGACUCACCACACUUUCUAUUGAAGGAGAUAUCAGUGGCGUACCAGAUGAAGUUGCAGAAGAUGAAGGCUUUGAAAAGCCCGAACAUUCCAAGAGCAUAAAAAACGGCGACAAGCCGCCCAAGAAAACACUGCGAGCGACGUCUGUAGAGGAUAAAAAGAUCCUUCCCCCCGACUUGACUUGGAUGUCAGAAGAGCUAGUCACUGGAUGUCAUUCUUUGGGCGGGAAAGACACCACUGCCCAGGUGCACCCAUACAAAUUCACCAACUUCCUCUUGAGAAAGGCAGUCGAGGACUCCGAUGGCGCACUAGAGCUAAUCUUGGGAAAGGUAAACAAAGUGCUAUACCUGAUGGAAACCGGAGGCGUCACGGGGAUCCAGUACGAGCCUACCAGUGUCAAGGCUGCGCAAUCUGAACAGGCACUCGGCCCGAUUCGUCUUAAUGGUGACCAGGUCGUUCUCUCCGUCGGCCCUUGGACCUCUAAGAUUCUCCCAGACUGUCCGAUUUCGGGAUUGAGGGCACACUCAAUUACAGUGGAGCCGUUUAAAAGCGAGAGCGUGUCGCCCUACGCGAUAUUCACCGAGUACAAGGCUGGGAAAGACUCUUACGUGUCGCCUGAGAUUUACGCACGGAAAGACGAGGUCUAUGUAUGCGGCGAAGGUGAUUCUGCAGUCGACGUUCCGGAAACCACCGAUGAUGUCGAAGUUGUCAAGUCGAAGUGUGAUGACAUCUUCAGACAGGCAGGAAAAAUGUCGCCCAUGUUGCGCAACGGCCGUAUCUUGAAGAGACAAGCUUGCUACCUUCCUGUCCUCGACGUUCCCUCGUCAAGUGGGCCGUUGAUCGGGGAAACUAAUGUGGAGAAUCUAUACUUGUGCUCGGGGCACUCCUGUUGGGGGAUAAACAACGCACCUGGGAGCGGAAAGAUUAUGAGCGAGUUACUUCUAGAUGGUCGUGCCUCCUCUGCCAACAUUUCCAGUCUUGAUCCGUCUUUAUAUUUUGACGCGUCUGUAUUGGUGAGCGAUGACGAGGACGACGAUGAAUAUGACGAGGACGACGAUGAAUAUGACGAAGACGAAGAGGCGGUGGUUGAUGGCGAGUAG